AUGAAAAGCAGGAACACAAGAAAGGUAGAGAAACAGAAAGCUGCCGAUAAAGAAGCAAGAACCUUUGAAGGACAGCUAAACUCAGCGUGUCACGGGAUUAUCAAGGAGAGUCACAGGACCAUCAAGCAGAGUCACGAGACUAUCAAGGAGAGUCACGGGACCAUCAAGGAGAGUCACAGGACCAUCAAGGAGAGUUACAGGACCAUCAAGGAGAGUCACGGGACCAUCAAGGAGAGUCACAGGACCAUCAAGGAGAGUCACAGGACCAUCAAGGAGAGUCACGGGAACAUCAAGGAGAGUCACAGGACCAUCAAGGAGAGUCACAGGACCAUCAAGGAGAGUCACAGGACCAUCAAGGAGAGUCACGGGACCAUCAAGGAGAGUCACAGGACCAUCAAGGAGAGUCACAGGACCAUCAAGGAGAGUCACAGGACCAUCAAGGAGAGUCACGGGACCAUCAAGGAGAGCCACAGGAUCAUCAAGGAGAGUCACAGGACCAUCAAGGAGAGUCACAGGACCAUCAAGGAGAGUCACGGGACCAUCAAGGAGAGUCACAGGACCAUCAAGGAGAGUCACAGGACCAUCAAGGAGAGUCACGAGACCAUCAAGGAGAGUCACAGGACCAUCAAGGAGAGUCACGGGAACAUCAAGGAGAGUCACAGGACCAUCAAGGAGAGUCACAGGACCAUCAAGGAGAGUCACAGGACCAUCAAGGAGAGUCACGGGACCAUCAAGGAGAGUCACAGGACCAUCAAGGAGAGUCACAGGACCAUCAAGGAGAGUCACAGGACCAUCAAGGAGAGUCACGGGACCAUCAAGGAGAGCCACAGGAUCAUCAAGGAGAGUCACAGGACCAUCAAGGAGAGUCACAGGACCAUCAAGGAGAGUCACGGGACCAUCAAGGAGAGUCACAGGACCAUCAAGGAGAGUCACAGGACCUUCAAGGAGAGUCACAAGACUCAGGGGCUAUAUCUUAUGUGA